ACAUAUGAGGAGGGACAGAAGCAUCAGAAAAUAACAUGCUCAGUGUUUCCUACAGGUACAGUUAGGGUUAAGACUCAAGUAGCUGUUAGGUGUUUAAUUUUUAAUCUAUUUAGGGAAUUUGAGAAAGCAUAGGACCAACAUGGAUGAAAAAUACAUGUCAAAACUCUCACCUACAGUUGAUUUUUGGGCAGGAGUGUACCUCUUAAUUAUAGCAGUUGUGUCUGUCUUUGGUAACGCAGCAGUUCUGGUACAUGCCGCCCGUCGUCUCAUGCUGCUCAAAGCUCCAGAGCUGCUGACAGUGAACUUGGCGGUAACGGACAUCGGCAUGGCCCUGAGUAUGUACCCUCUGUCUAUUGCCUCAGCUUUUAACCACGCCUGGAUUGGAGGUGACACAUCUUGCCUCUACUAUGGCCUGAUGGGCAUGAUCUUCAGCGUUACCAGCAUCAUGACUCUGGCUGUGAUGGGGAUGGUCAGGUACCUGGUAACAGGAAGUCCUCCCAGGACAGGUAUCAAGUUCCAGAGGCGAACCAUCAACUGUGUGAUCAGUGGGAUCUGGUUGUACGCCGGUCUGUGGGCCCUGCUCCCUGUGCUGGGCUGGGGCAGCUACGGACCAGAACCCUUUGGACUGGCCUGCUCUAUAGACUGGAUCGGCUAUCAACAGUCCACCAAUCACUCCACCUUCAUCAUGUCUCUGUCUGUGCUCUGCACCUUCAUCCCCUUCACGGUCAUCCUCUUCACCUACUUUGGGAUUGCCUGGAAGCUACACCGGGCCUACCAGUCCAUCCAGAGUAAUGACUUUCAUUAUGGGAACAUUGAGAAGAAAAUCACGCUGAUGGCUGUGAUGAUCAGCUCAGGUUUCCUUAUUGCCUGGACCCCCUACGUCGCUGUCAGCUUCUGGAGCAUGUUUCACACAAAGGAGCAUGGCCCACCGGCUCCGUUUAUUACCCUGUUACCCUGCCUCUUCGCAAAGAGCUCCACGGCGUACAAUCCUUUCAUAUAUUUCAUCUUCCAGCGUGCAUCUCGACAAGAACUCUCCCGAUUCCGGAGAAGGGUGCUCUGCUGUUGUUGUAAGACUGGUGGGACUGGUGGUGAGAAGGCCAAGCAGCACGCCAAAAUGGCCGCUAACUGCAACGAUUUUGAAAAUGGGGCUGAUGAAACCUGUGUUGGUCUAAUGGUAACCUAUGGAGCUCAGUCUAGUGGAGAGACGAUGACACAGGGUUAGAAAUGUGUUCAUUCAUCCUAAACUACAGGCACAGUUUAACUAAGAGAAGCAGGUAAUUAUACAAAAGGCUGACAUAUUGUGUCUGCAUAGACCGUACCCUUCAUCUAUCCAUGUGUGUCUUAAGUCUCCACUCAGCUCCAAAACAUGUACGUUCUGCAAAGUUUCAGCUAAACUUGAUGAGCUCCAGGAGCAAGAAGUGUGU